CCUGGUAACUGCUUGUUGUUAGCAACCCGGCUGCGGGGUGGCGGUGGUCCGGGCGGAGCUGCCUGGGGAGGAGACCGCUAUGAAUCCGUCCGGACCCCUGGGGAUCCUAGAGGAGAAAGAGGAGGAGCACUUCGCCACUUCGAUUCUCCGGCCCUCGAUCCGUUCCGAUAACCCUCAGGAACGGAUCCAGGCCCGGCGUCUCCGCAUCGCGGCGCGCCUGGAAGCCCGGAGGCGGGAAGCGCUUGGAGAAUAUUUAGAUGGAAAAAAAGAGAGUGAGGAAGAUCAAAGCAAGAGCUAUAAACAGAAAGAAGAAAGCAGACUGUCUAGUUGUGGAGGACGUUGCUUCACUGGCCCAGCCCUUGGAAUUGAAAGUGAGGACGACUUGUAUAAACUGGUGAACUUCUUCCUCAAAUACCGAGCUCAUAAUCAUUUGCCCUCCAGCCAGUUGGAGUAUCUUAUGAACCGCAUCAAGAAAGCAGAGGACUAUGAGAAGCAGCUCAACAAGCAGGGGAUAUGGGAUUGCGAAGAGUACAACUUGAUUAAGAUCAAGCUGGAGCAGGAUGUGCAGCAUCCGCAGCUGGGCUGGCAUGGCCGGAAUGUUUGUAUUUGCAGGCUUGAAAAGCUGGAGAACGAAGUCAAGACCAGCCAGGACAAAUUUGAUGAAAUCAGCGCCAAGUGGGAGGAGGGCAAACAGAAGACGAUCCCCCAGGAGCUGUGGGAAAUGCUCAACACCCAGCAGGUGCACUGCGCUGGGCUGAUAGAAGACAAGAACAAGCUGAUCAGCGAGCUACAGCAGGAGUUAAAAACAAAGGAUGACCAGUAUGUGAAGGAUUUGAAGAAACAAUCAGAUGACAUCUGCCUGCUCCUGGACAGGAUGGAAGAACAAGUAAAGAAUGUAAUGAAAACCUUUCGUCAGGAGCUCCAUCACAUUGAGGUUCUUGAGCAACAGCUUCAGCAAAUGAAAGCAACUUAUCAGCUAAACCAAGAGAAGUUAGAGUACAACUACCAGGUGCUGAAGAAGAGAGACGAAGAAAGCACAGUGAUUAAGUCACAGCAGAAGAGGAAGAUCAAUCACCUGCAUGAUAUACUUAACAAUCUGAGAUCAAAAUAUGCCAAGCAGGUAAAGCAGUUUCAGGAGGAGAACCAGUCACUGACCUCAGACUACAAACGCCUUGUGAUACAAUUCAAGGAGGUCCAGAAAGCCAUGAGGCAUUUUGCUCUUAUUGAUGACGAGAAGUUUCAGGAGAUAUGGCUGAUGAACGAAGAGGAGGUGAAGGAUCUGGUCAACAGAGCCUUCGAUGUAGACAGAAUCAUCCAUGUGCAUCACCUCGGGCUCCCUUGGACAGCACCUGAUUUCUGGUUCCUGGAGAAUGUGGGGCCUAUAUCUCAGCAGCAGCAGAAGUCUGCCUCACAAAUUUUAGAAGAACUGCUAAAGCAAACAGAAGAGGAGGGGGCAGAAGAGACUGCCUCGGAUGCAGCGUCUUACCUGGACUUGCCAAAGCAAAUUUCAGCAAAAACUACCAGAAAGAUCCUUAUGCUCCUGUGUGAUGAGUCGGGCUUCCUCAUAGAGAGCAAGUUGCUGAGCCUUCUCCUUCCACUGGAGAAGACCGAACGCUAUUUACUGAGGUUGGACGCCAUCUUCUCAGCCCUUGGAAUUGAAAGUGAGGACGACUUGUAUAAACUGGUGAACUUCUUCCUCAAAUACCGAGCUCAUAAUCAUUUGCCCUCCAGCCAGGAGCAAACAAGCCUGACACCAGCAUUGGAGCCAGCAGAGCAGCUAGAGCCCAAGGGAGAGGAGGAAGAAAGCCCUGUGGAAAGGGAGCCGGAAGAGGAGGCCCCUGCUUCUCCCAGGCUCAUCCACCCCAAUGACGUCCUCAAGAUUCUGGAGGCCUUUGUCAUGGGUCUGAAGAAGCCCAGGGACUCGCAGCCACCUGUGAAAUUGCGGAAGGAGGUACGCGAUAACUCCAAGGACUCUGAGUACUGGCAGGCCCUGGCCACGGUGAUCCCUCAGUCCACACAGAACCUCUGGGAUGGUCUAUAUACAGCCUUGGAGAAAUACCACCUCAUCCUGACCCAGAGGGCCGAGCUGCUGAUAGAAAACAAUUCUCUGGAGCAGCAGAACACAGAGCUCCAGAUGUUGUUGAAGCAGUACCUAGCCUCCAAGAUAAACUCUGAACUGCAAGUUCCUCCGACUCAGGUGUUGCAGAUACCCACAAAAUCGAAACAGACCUGAAAUGGCUGCUGCGUUAGCGCGUAAACGUGUUGGCAUUGGUGCUGGAGCCAGCUUGUAUAACCUGGGGAGCUGCAGGCCCCACUCUGCAUUUUCCAGAGCUGCCAUUGUAAGGCCUGUCAAAAUAGGGUGCCGAGGGAAGUCACCUGUAUCCUGCAGUCAUGAUUAAAGCCUUUAAAAAGUU